AUGACUAGCGAAACUACCCCAAGUCUGUACGACAUAUAUUCCUUCUUCCAUUCCCUGCGCACCUCUCUACCAGACUACAACGACUUCUCCGAUUUGGUGGGCACAUUAUUCAUUCCUCACGAUGUGAUGCCCGUCUCUGAAACACUCGCAAACGUACUUCCCUACUUUCGCCGUUGUUCCAACCCAUCCCUGUUUACGACCUUCCAAAUAAUGAUGCGUCAUGCCGAACAGAACGCAUCAUUCGAAAGUACUUUCUUGCGUGUCUGCGACGCUAUGGAUAUUUUGGAAAAAAUCGAGUAUGCUCUCGGUGGAAGCAGGAGACUGCUCGACGGAUACUUGCACGCAUUGCAAUUGGACAACGCCUCAGCUAGCCACGAGCAAGUGAUGAAUAGUUUGCAAAGAUUUUUAACCGAAAAAUGUGACGCAAACACGCAAUUGAGAGUAAGAAAGGUUUUCGCUGAAGAAGGGGCGGCUGAUGAGCUUGGUCUAAGCGGCGACAUUCUAGCUACAGCAUCAGCUAUUAUAGAUGAUGAUGCCCUCUAUAUCCAAAUACUUCAGACGCUUCAACUUAAUCAUCGCCAGAACCUCUCGUGGGAGGCAGUAAUUUCUCGUAUCCAAAAGAUCGUAGAAGAGAAGAAACCAGCCGUAUGGCACGAGUUCUACGCCUUCCUGGAUAGUCUGCAUAGCGGCAAUGUCAAUGACUAUAACAGUGGUGAUAUGUACACCUCGGAAGAUUACAAUGAAUUCUUAAACGACAUGGACGACGACGAAGACGUCACUUAUGCUGCCUUCUGCGAACAAUAUCUUGACGAUCAGCCCACCACUGGGGAUCAGAAUAACGUAUACUAUAUUGAAGACAAACUUGCCAAGGUUCACUUGGAUAAUGACGAGGAUAACGUUGAUAAAGAGCAACAGCCUCAGCAGAGAGAGAUAGGCGCUUUCUAG